AUGGUGGGGGAAGUUAACCAAGCAUUCAACCCUUUUCUUGUUUUUUUGUUUUUCAUCCAUUGCUCCUCCCUCUCUUCUUCGGGAGUCAUGGCUGCCAUCAUGCAUAGAUUCGUGGCUCUCCUCCUCCUUCUCGUCCCUUGCUCUGGUGAUGUGCCGCGGUUUGAGCAUCCAAUCAAGCCAGAUGGCUCACUUAGCCUUUUGGUCGUCGGAGAUUGGGGGAGAAAAGGGGAGUUCAAUCAAUCUCUAGUCGCAACUGAGAUGGGAAGAAUUGGAGAGGAGCUGGAUAUUGAUUUUGUCAUCUCUACAGGCGAUAAUUUCUACACCAAUGGCCUCACCGGCGUCGAUGAUAAGAACUUCGAGGAGUCAUUCACCGACAUCUACACAGCAAAGAGUCUGCAAAAGCAAUGGUACAGUGUUCUAGGCAACCAUGAUUACAGGGGUGAUGCUUUAGCACAGUUGAGUCCAGUUCUCCGAUCAAUCGACAGUCGAUGGAUUUGCUUGAGAUCUUUCAUCCUCAAUGCAGAGUUUGUGGAGUUCUUCCUGAUAGACACAUCUCCUUUUGUGAAAACUUAUUGGACUGAUCCCGCGGGUCAUCACUACGAUUGGAGGGGAGUCGCGCCUCGUGAAGUGUACACCUCGAGCCUCUUGAAGGAUUUGGAUGCAGCACUAAGAGAAUCUACAGCAGCAUGGAAGAUUGUUGUUGGUCACCAUACUUUGAGAAGUGUCAGUGAGCACAGGGACACAGUGGAUCUUCUAAAUCCACUGCUUCCAAUCCUUAUGGCAAAUGGUGUUGAUUUAUAUGUCAAUGGGCAUGAUCAUUGCCUGGAGCACAUCAGCAGUAAUGACAGUCCAAUUCAGUAUUUGACAAGUGGAGGAGGCUCAAAGGCAUGGAGAGGUGUCUUAUUUCCAACCUCUGACAAGCUUCAGUUCUUCCAUGAUGGACAAGGGUUCAUGUCACUGGAGAUAAGGAGGACAGCCAUUGAUAUAAAAUUUUAUGGGGUGCUUGGUCAAGUUCUUCACAAAUGGAGUGUGAGCAAAGAGCUGCACCCUGCGGCAUAA